UACCUAUAUAUACAUUCUUUAUCUCUUCCGAACGCCCUACUUCUCAAGAAAAUUAGGGUUUGCAGUCACUGCUUUGUUUAGAUCAGAACCAGAUCGUGUUCUCUUCUUCCAUUGGCAAACAUGGCAACUCAAAUGAGCAAGAAGAGAAAGUUUGUGGCGGAUGGAGUGUUCUUCGCCGAACUGAACGAGGUUCUGACACGUGAGUUGGCGGAGGACGGUUACUCCGGCGUGGAGGUUAGGGUUACGCCGAUGCGCACCGAGAUUAUCAUCAGAGCCACCAGAACCCAAGCCGUUCUCGGUGAGAAGGGAAGGAGAAUUAGGGAACUUACCUCAGUGGUGCAGAAGAGGUUCAAAUUUCCCGAGAACAGCGUCGAGCUUUAUGCUGAGAAGGUCAACAACAGAGGCCUCUGUGCCAUUGCUCAGGCCGAGUCGCUUCGCUACAAGCUUCUCGGUGGCCUCGCUGUUCGCAGGGCUUGCUAUGGUGUUUUAAGAUUUGUGAUGGAAAGUGGGGCCAAAGGAUGCGAGGUCAUUGUUAGUGGAAAACUGAGAGCUCAGAGAGCCAAGUCCAUGAAAUUCAAGGAUGGAUACAUGAUUUCUUCUGGACAACCUGUCAAGGAUUACAUUGACUCAGCAGUGAGACAUGUGCUACUAAGACAGGGUGUUCUUGGUAUCAAGGUUAAGAUCAUGCUUGAUUGGGAUCCUAAAGGGAAACAGGGUCCUAAAACUCCCCUUCCUGAUCUUGUCACGAUCCACACUCCAAAGGAGGAAGAAGAAUACAACCGGCCUCCUGCUGUAUUGGCAAAUGAUAUUGAGGUGGUUCCCGUUGCUUGAAAUGUUUUUGAUUGCUUGGAAUAGUAACGGGUAGUAUUUGAGUUCCUAGUAUGCAAUCCUUGUUGGGAAAGACUAGUUCAAAGUUUUGGUAGUUUUCUUGACAGUUUAUGAAAUUGCUACUAAGUACAAAGUAUUUAAGCAUCAAUUGAUUUUUUUUAUUAUUAUUUAACUCUACAUGUGCUGAGCAGUUCAAAUUGUGUUAGUGGUUUAUAAUGUCAUUGGUUUGGGUA